AAAGAACCCCUUUGAUCGCUUCUCUUUUCCAAACUGUCCUGGUUUUGGGAGAGUAGUUUUGGGAAGUAAAGAUGGAGAAUAUGGGAAUGGAGAUUGAAGCAGAAGGAAGAGGAACUCCCAUUUAUGGGGGGAGAUACGUGCAGUAUAACAUCCUGGGUAACCCUUUCGAGGUCUCCUCCAAGUAUGUUCCUCCUAUUCAGCCCGUUGGUCGCGGCGCGUAUGGCAUCGUCUGUUGUGCCAAAAAUUGUGAGACAAAUGAAGCUGUUGCAAUAAAAAAGAUUGGGAAUGCAUUUGACAACAGGAUUGAUGCUAAGAGGACACUCCGGGAGAUCAAACUCCUUUGUCACAUGGAUCAUGACAAUGUUGUCAAAAUCAAGGACAUCAUACCACCGCCUGAGAGGGAAAGGUUCAAUGAUGUGUAUAUUGCCUAUGAACUAAUGGAUACCGAUCUGCAUCAGAUAAUUCGGUCCAGCCAGCCUUUGACUGAUGAUCAUUGUCAGUAUUUCCUCUAUCAACUGUUACGCGGGCUGAAGUACAUACACUCGGCAAAUGUUUUGCACCGAGAUCUAAAACCAAGCAAUCUGCUUCUCAAUGCAAGUUGUGAUCUCAAAAUUUGUGACUUUGGGCUUGCAAGAACCACCUCUGAAACUGACUUCAUGACAGAAUAUGUUGUUACUCGUUGGUAUCGGGCCCCUGAGUUGCUGCUCAAUUGUUCAGAGUACACUGCAGCUAUUGACAUUUGGUCUGUUGGUUGCAUUCUCAUGGAGAUACUUAGAAGGGAGCCACUUUUUCCUGGUAAAGACUAUGUGCAGCAGUUGGCCCUUAUUACUGAGGUAUGAAUAUAUGGUGUGGUUGUAGUUAGGCAUUUCUAGAAGAAAAGAAAUGCAUGAAGGUGGAUAAAAUACUGAUAACUGGUAAGACUCAUUCUUAUGAAUAUGGUUCUUGAUUGUUUUUGAGAACAGCUACUAGGAUCGCCAGAUGAUUCAGAUCUUGGAUUCCUAAGAAAUGACAAUGCUAGGAAGUAUGUCAAGCAGCUUCCACAUUUUCCGAAGCAACCCUUUUCCAGGAAGUUUCCAGAUGUGUCUCCUGUGGCCGUUGAUCUUGCAGAGAAAAUGCUGGUUUUUGAUCCAUCCCAGCGUAUUACUGGUGAGUCUUACUCUGCCAAUUAAACAAUCUCACAUUCUUCGAUUUUCUCAUCUUUCUGAUAAGAAAAAUCUUUUGAUGAUGCAUGAAAAAGUUGAGGAAGCGUUGAAUCACCCAUACUUAUCAAGCCUUCAUGAGAUCAAUGAAGAACCUACUUGCCCAUCGCCUUUCAACUUUGAUUUUGAACAGACAACCUUGGAUGAAGAAGAUAUAAAGGAGCUGAUAUGGAGGGAGUCUUUGAACUUCAAUCCAGAUAACAUGCUCGAAUGACCAUAUCACAUUCAUUCUAAUUUCAUUUUGCAUGCUCUCUACUAGAGUCAUGGAAAAAAAAAAAGUCUUGCUUAUGUAUAAUACGAGAGUGAUUUCUGUACAUGCACAUUAGUUGGGGAGAUAGGUUCUCCCUUAUAAAAGGAUUAUGGUUUGAGAAGGUGGAAUGUCUGCUACUUAUGGGUGUUGAGGAGUUUAACGGAUUCAUUCCUUUUGAGAAUCCGGCCACCAUUAAUGGUGCGUGAAGAAUACAAAGUCUUGUGAGUUUUUAUGUAUCAUAGUAGGACUGUGUUUUCUGUUCCCGUUUGUAUGGACUAAUGUGAGAAUUUGAAAGAGUGGCACACAGUUAUGUACCAAAAUGUAAUAGAGAAUUUGAAUUCAAAAAAUGUGCGAAAAUAAAGCAUGUUUGGAGUU